UUGUCUGAAAAUUUCUCAACAAUUUCUAAGCUCUCUCUCUCUCUCUGUCUCUCUCUAGACAAAGCUCUCUGAGUUAUGGAAGAUGUUGGGUUCAUAAAUCCCCCUCUCUACCUCUCUCUCCUUCUUUCACCACAUCACUCCUCCAAAUUUCAGGGAGUGAGUAUCAGUUUGGAGAGGCAUAGAUAUCAAAAUGGAUGUCAAAGGCAAGGCCAAGAUGCCUCCCAGCGAGGAUGAUAGCCCUAACCCCAAGAGGACUCGCCCUUCUUCUUCAUCUGGCCCUUCUUCUCCAUCUGGUAUUGGAGCUGGAUCUGUAGCUGAAGGUGAACUUUCCAUGGUUGAAUUUUUGUCUCGAUUUCAACCUCACUUGACCAACUGGAUACACAAGGAAGUGGAGAAUGCACUUCAAACUCAUUUGGAAUUACUGAGAGGAAGGAGAGAGGCUGGAGAAGUAGCAAUUAUUGGAGGAGGGAUUGAGAAGUUCAAGCUAGUUUUCUACAACCAACCAGCCUCCACUAUCUUCACCAACAGUGAAAUCCAAGCAGAAAAUGGUGAGGCUGUGUGGGUUGCAAUUUAUGAUGCCACAACCAAUGCCAUAGUCCGCACGGGUCCUCUGUCAUCGGCCCGGAUUGUGCUCGUCCUUCUCGAUGGAGACUAUGAUGAAACUAAUCGUAGUUUGAGUGAAUUGAAGCGAAACAUUUUAUCCCCGAGAGAAGGGAAAAGGCCUUUACUGGUUGGUGAUGGUAUCAAACUCAUUUUGGAGAAUGGCUUUGCUUCGAUUAAGUGUGUCUGUAUCACAGACAACUCGAGUUGGAUGAAAUCCAAGAAGUUUCGUUUGGGAGUGAUGAUUAUUGAUGAAAACAUUCUUGCCAUGUAUCCGACCAUUGGGGCUGCGGUGUCCCAACCUUUCAGGGUCAUGGAUCAUCGUGGAGAAGUGAACAAGAAGCAUCAUCCUCCGAGCAGAGAAGAUGAAGUUUGGCGACUGGAAGGGAUAGGAAAAGAUGGGGCAUAUCACAAAAACUUAUCACUACAUGGCAUCAAUACUGUGGGCGACUUCGUGCUGAAAUACGACGAAAUAGGUUGGGCCGCUCUGAAAAAGCUGCUUGGUACCAAAGUUCCAAAGAAAACAUGGACAAUGAUGGUUCAAAAUGCUUUUGAGUGUUUGAGUUAUCCCGAUCCAUCUUUGGAGGUAAAUUUUUCAACAAAUAAUGUCAUGGGAGAUCAAGCUUUCAACGAAAGCGUUGACAUUUUUGGGCAAAACAAUUUGGAUAAUGGGUAUGAGAGCCCGGGAAACUACUUUUCAGAAAACUUUGGAUACGGGCUUGCUGAUGGUUUGCCGUCAUUGCUUACCGAUGAAGCUCCUGCUUCAUAUGACCCAGCUGCAGCCACAACUAUGCAAGUACUCACACCCAACACGAUCAACGGCAUUUGACAAAGUGAGUAUCCAAACUCAAAUGAUUCAUACGAAUCACUAUCUUUUACCGUUCUAUGCAACAAUAACUUAAGUCAGACUCUUUCCUUUAGAUUUGAUAUAAACUUCACCUUAUUCGACAUAUACCUCUGGUAUAUGUAAAACAUUUGGUAUUGGUGGUUUGUUUUAAUUAGUUGUCUGUUACUUGUUUUCUC